GCCAAUCACCACUUUAAAAGGCUGGGCUUCUGCUGUCAAGUAGCUCGGGUGGGCACCACCGAGGCGCGGAGGGGCGCAGGCCGGGGACAUGCGCUCCCAGGUGUUGGCAGCGGGAGAGGGAAACCUGUAGGUGAUGGUCCAGCGGUGCGGCGCCGGGGCGAGCCGGAGCCGGGGACAGACAUCCACUUUGGAUCACAUCUGAAACUGAAUUCAGAACAACAUUAAGCUUUGAAUAUUAUCCAACUGCCAUAAAGCUACAGCUUUUUUUGAAAAUUGAACUUAACCUCUACUGAACACAAGAUGAAAAUGUGGCUGCUGGUUAGUCACCUUGUGAUAUUAUCUUUUACAUCCUGUCUAUCAGAGUUUACAUGGCACAGAAGGUACGGUCAUGGAGUUUCUGAGGAAGACAAAGGAUUUGGACCAAUUUUUGAAGAGCAACCAAUUAAUACCAUUUAUCCAGAGGAAUCACCAGAAGGAAAAGUUUCUCUCAACUGUAGGGCAAGAGCCAGCCCUUUCCCGGUUUACAAGUGGAGAAUGAAUAACGGGGAUAUAGAUCUGACAAGUGAUCGGUACAGUAUGGUAGGAGGAAACCUUGUUAUCAACAACCCUGACAAACAGAAAGAUGCUGGCGUCUACUACUGUUUAGCAUCAAAUAACUAUGGGAUAGUCAGGAGCACUGAAGCCACCCUGAGCUUUGGAUGUAAGUAACCGUAACCUUACAAAGCACAAGUAUGUGUAGGUGGAGUAAAGCUUAGAUGUGAUCCAAUAUAUUUUUUUCUAGAUGAUCUUAGCUAUCGCUGGCUUCUAAAUGAAUUUCCUGUGUUUAUCACAAUGGAUAAACGAAGAUUUGUAUCUCAGACAAAUGGCAAUCUCUACAUUGCGAAUGUUGAGGCAUCAGACAAAGGCAAUUAUUCCUGCUUUGUAUCCAGUCCUUCUAUUACAAAGAGUGUAUUCAGCAAAUUCAUCCCACUCAUUCCAAUACCUGAACGGACAACAAAACCAUAUCCUGCUGAUAUUGUAGUUCAGUUCAAGGACAUAUAUGCAUUGAUGGGCCAAAAUGUGACUUUGGAGUGUUUUGCCCUUGGCAACCCUGUUCCUGACAUCCGGUGGCGGAAGGUCCUGGAACCCAUGCCCAGCACUGCCGAGAUCAGCACCUCUGGGGCCGUCCUGAAGAUCUUCAACAUCCAGCUCGAAGACGAAGGCACUUAUGAAUGUGAGGCUGAGAAUAUUAAAGGGAAGGACAGACACCAGGGAAGAAUUUAUGUUCAAGCAUUUCCUGAAUGGGUGGAGCAUAUCAAUGACACAGAGGUGGAUAUAGGCAGUGACCUCUACUGGCCUUGUGUGGCCACAGGGAAGCCCAUUCCUACUAUCCGAUGGCUGAAAAAUGGCUAUGUGUAUCAUCAGUAUCAUAAAGGAGAAUUGAGACUGUAUGACGUGACGUUUGAAAAUGCUGGCAUGUACCAGUGCAUAGCUGAAAACACGUAUGGAGCUAUUUAUGCAAAUGCAGAGUUGAAGAUCUUAGCUUUGGCUCCAACUUUUGAAAUGAAUCCUAUGAAGAAGAAGAUCCUGGCUGCAAAAGGCGGAAGGGUUAUAAUCGAAUGCAAACCCAAAGCUGCACCCAAACCAAAAUUUUCGUGGAGUAAAGGGACCGAGUGGCUUGUCAAUGGCAGCAGGUUACCUAAUAACUAUAACAAUCCCACGCGAAUUAUAUUGGCCCCGCUUAACGCGGAUGUCACUGUUGGAGAAAAUGCCACCAUGCAGUGUGCUGCUUCCUUUGAUCCUGCCCUGGACCUCACAUUCGUCUGGUCCUUCAAUGGCUACGUGAUCGAUUUCAACAAAGAGAACAUUCAUUACCGGCGGAAUUUUAUGCUGGACGCCAAUGGGGAACUGCUCAUUCGAAAUGCCCAGCUGAAGCAUGCUGGCAGAUACACGUGCACCGCGCAGACCAUUGUGGACAAUUCCUCAGCUUCAGCCGACCUUGUUGUGCGAGGCCCUCCAGGCCCUCCAGGUGGUCUGCGAAUAGAAGACAUCAGAGCCACUUCUGUGGCACUUACUUGGAGCCGUGGCUCAGACAAUCAUAGUCCUAUUUCUAAAUAUACUAUCCAGACCAAGACUAUUCUUUCAGAUGACUGGAAAGAUGCAAAGACCGAUCCCCCAAUUAUUGAAGGAAAUAUGGAAGCAGCAAGAGCAGUGGAUUUAAUCCCAUGGAUGGAAUAUGAGUUUCGUGUGGUAGCAACCAACACAUUGGGGAUAGGAGAGCCCAGUAUACCGUCAAACAAAAUUAGAACAGAUGGUGCUGCACCUAAUGUGGCUCCUUCAGAUGUAGGAGGUGGAGGAGGAAGCAACAGGGAGCUGACCAUCACAUGGGCGCCUUUGUCAAGAGAAUACCACUAUGGCAACAAUUUCGGUUACGUAGUGGCAUUUAAGCCAUUUGAUGGGGAAGAAUGGAAAAAAGUCACGGUUACUAAUCCAGAUAUUGGACGAUAUGUCCAUAAAGAUGAGACCAUGCGGCCUUUCACUGCAUUUCAAGUCAAAGUCAAGGCCUUCAACAAUAAAGGAGAUGGACCAUACAGCCUCAUAGCCGUCAUUAAUUCAGCGCAAGACGCUCCCAGUGAGGCCCCAACAGGAGUAGGCGUAAAAGUCCUAUCAUCUUCUGAGAUAUCUGUUCAUUGGGAGCACGUUGUAGAUAAAAUAGUGGAAAGCUAUCAGAUUCGGUACUGGUCAGCUCAUGACAAAGAAGCAGCUGCACACAGAGUUCAAGUCAACAGCCAAGAGUACUCGGCCAGGCUGGAGAACCUCCUGCCGGACACCCAGUACUCUGUGGACGUCAGGGCGUGCAAUAGUGCCGGGUGUGGGCCUCCCAGUGAGAUGAUUGAGACCUUCACCAAGAAAGCACCUCCAAGCCAGCCGCCAAGAAUCAUCAGUUCUAUAAGGUCUGGUUCACGGUACAUAAUCACCUGGGAUCAUGUGGUCGCACUAUCAAAUGAAUCUACAGUGACAGGAUAUAAGGUACUCUAUAGACCUGAUGGCCAGCAUGAUGGCAAACUGUAUUCAACUCAUAAACACUCCAUAGAAGUUCCAAUCCCUCGGGAUGGAGAAUAUGUUGUGGAAGUGCGUGCACACAGUGAUGGAGGAGAUGGAGUGGUGUCUCAAGUCAAAAUUUCAGGUACAUCCACCCUAUUACCAAGUCUUCUUGGCUUACUGCUGCCUGCCUUUGGUAUCCUUGUCUACUUGGAAUUCUGAAUGUGGUGUGACAGCUGCUGUUCCCGACCCAACUCAGAGGACACCCUUCAUCCCUGCGAUGACUACAGAUCCUUCCAAUUCCUGUGGCUCCAUCCUAAGCCAAAUACAUUAUUCUUUAACAAACUAUCCAACUGAUUUACAACACAUGUUAUGACUGAGGCAUUCAGGAACCCCUUCAUCCAAAAGAAUAAACUUUUAAAUGGAUAUAAAAUGAUUUUUAACUCGUUCCAAUAUGCCUUAUAAACCACUUAACCUGAUUCUGUGACAGUUGCAUGAUUUAAUCCAAUGGGACAAGUUACAGUGUUCAAUUCAAUUCCAUAGGCUGUAGAGUGAAAGUAAAAUCACCAUACACAGGUGCUUUAAAUUCAAUAACAAGUUGUGAAAUACAAUAGAGGUUGAAAUGUUGAUCGUAUGUGGUAAAUGUAAGAGUAAUACAGUCUCUUGUACUAUCCUCUCUGUUUUGGGUCCUGCAUAUUUUUGAAUGGCCCCCUAUCAUACAUGACAUUUUCAGUUUUCUUAAAGAGAAUAGGGUAUAACUGAAACAUUGUGACGUAAAUCCCAUUACCAGGUCAUCUUACUGAAUGAGUUGAAAGAUUUGGAACAUUCAAAAACAAAUUCUAGAACUUAUUAUCAAUAUUCUUAUUUUGAUAAGUAAUUUUCUAAACAUUUAAUUUUUAGAAUCAGUAAUUCUUUUAAGUUAGUUUUUAAUGGUGAAGUUAACAUGCCAUAUGAAGGUUAUUUUUUACUUUUGUAUUCUACUGUGAAAUUACUUUAUGCUUUUCUUAUCAUCAAUUUGAAACCUCAAAAAUCACGGCUCUUAUUUAGCGUAGUAUCCUAUUGCUCUAUUUAUUCAUAUGUGGAAUAAUGAAUGUUAAAAAGUAGAGGGCUUCCAUUUUUUAAUCAAGAUGUGAUAGUCUUUAUACCACUAAGAAUAAAUGACAGUUAAGUGUCAGAAUUACGUAUUAAUAUUCUAGUUCCUUGGUUUUUGUGCUGCAUUUCUAAGUAAAAAUCUAUCUUUAUUGAAAGUGUAGGAUCAAGAAAUCACCUAUAGGUUGGAAAAACUACAGUAUUCCUUACUUUUUUUAUAAAUUUAGUUUUAAGCUCAUUCUUGCUUCAAGGCAAUACUGAAAACUGGCUAAAAAUACCAAAUCCGUAUGUUGCUAAUGGUACUUUGAAGGGUAUGCAAAACUGAAAGGCCAGGAGGAGACAAAUAAUGUGUACCUCCAAUGGCGACUCCCAAGUGUUGGUGCUUUAGGUCUUUAUAAGUUGUGAAAAGGAAGACGCACAUUUCUUCAUUCUUCAUGGUGUGCCCGGAAAUGUGUUUGAGUGUGGAUGUGAAAGAAAUCAAGUAGUAAGGAUUAGCUGGCUCCUGAAUUAGUGCAAUGACAGAUGCUUCGAGAGGUAUAAUCCUAUUUUAUUAGCACAACCUUGCGAGCUAAUUAGAGAUAGAGUUUAUCUUUUUAGAAAGGAUACCUUAUAGGUUCAUAAAAAGUAUUUACAGGAAGCAAAACAGAUCUAUUACUAUUUUAUUCCCCUUUCUUUAAUUUGUAUAAUUUUUGUACUAUAUCUACAUGUAAAUGUUUAGAGCUUUUGUUAUAAAAAUAUCAUUUCAUUAGUUGACAUUUAACUCUUUGUUAUAAAAUGAAACUUUUUAAAAAUAAGUGAAAUAGGUUAUUUCCCAGCAGAAAUAAGUCAACAGUCCUAAGAGCAUCAUCAGAUUUCAUAAAAUAUUUAAUUAUUUGAAAAAGAAAACCUCUUCAUACUUUAGGGAAAUGAAUACUCUGUAAGCCUUCUGUACAAAUGUUUGUGCUUUCAUUGUUAUACUUUGGGGUUUUCCUUUUGCAGUAUGACCCAUGUUGGGCAUUUUUAUAUAAUCAACAACUAAUUCUUUUGCCAAAUGCAUGCUUGCCUUUUAUUUUCUAAUGUAUGAUAAAGAGCAAAACUGAUCAGAUUUUGCAUGAAAUGGUUCUGAAAGGUAAGAAGAAAACAGACUUCGGAAGCUACUUGUUUAAUUUUAAAUCUGUGACAGAGAUUAGGCAGAUUAAUAUCUCUCAUACACUGAUACUCAUGCUUUUCAUUUCCUCAUACAGUUGUACGAAUUUGACUGGGACCAUCCGUUUUAAACUGUUGUCAAACUAAUAUAUCACCUGCUUUAAGAUGCAAGAUUCUGAAUUAAACUUUAUAUAGAUAUAGACAUAUCUGUUGUUUCUUUGUAUUUCAGGAAAGGUGAUAGUAGAUUUCUUUGAUACUGAUAAAUAUUGAAUUGAUUUUUUUAGUUAUUUUUUAUCAUUUUUUUCAAUGGAGUAGUAUAGGACUGUGCUUUGUCCUUUUUAUGAAUGAAAAAAAAUUAUAAAGAAAUAAAUGUCUUAAUGUUA